UUAGUUGCCCACUGGCCCUCUUGGGUAGCAGUGCUACUCUGUCUGACCCUCCAGAGUGGUGAGGCAGAGAGGCCUGUGAGGUAGGUGGGUCUCUAUUACCACCUGGGGGGCUCAUUUUCCCUCUUCCCACUCAGAGCUGCUUGUGAGUGCCAGGUGCCCAGGCUGCAGUUGCGCGGCGCAUCCUCCCGCUAUCCUUGGCUUACACCUCUCAGGACUUUGCUCUCCAGCUGGUGAUCCUUUGCUGACAGUUUGGUAACCCAGUGUCCAGCCCACGGGUCACUCUGAACAGGAGCUGCCUUGUUUGUCAGAGGAAACUUCCUGAAGAGCUAUGAGGGCCAAGCUCAGACAUAACGGGUCCCAGAGCCAGAGUCAAUGGAGCUGAGCCACCGGCAAGGUACAACCACGCUGACAAGGACCCACCCAAACAACAAGGAGGGCCAGCAGGACAUGGAGUCCUUCAGCGCUACCCAUAGCUCCAAAUUAAAGUACCACCCAAGGCUCUCCCAGAGCCCCUUAGGCGGCCCCCUGGGCCAGGGCCACCUGGAGACUCCACCUCUACUACCAACUCCUACCUGCAGGACCUCUCGGGCUAUGAACUCCAAUCCUGAGGACCUGAAGAAGGGGACAUCCAGAUCCAGCUUGAGAGAUGCCAGGAAGAACUUGCGAGAGGGAUGCCAGGGGGAGGAAGGCUGGGACUCCAGGUCCCCCGAGCAGAGGACAGUCCCUCUGAGCAAGAAGGACAGCGCCAUUCCUGAAAACAUCCGCCACAAAUUUGGGAGCAAGAUGGUGGACCAACUGAUCACUGAGGAUCAGGCUCGGCAGGCCGUUGGUGAAGUCUUUGAGGGCCAGAAGAGGUCAAGCUCAUGGCCUGGCAGGACCCAGAGCCCCAUGCAAGCCUCCUCCAUUUUCUCAGACUACUAUGACCUGGGCUACCACAUGCGGUCCAACUUGUUUCAAGGCCCACCCCAGGAGACAAAGAGCCUCAUGAAGGCUUCCUACACGCCGGAGGUGAUAGAGAAGUCGGUGAGGGAUGUGGAACACUGGCACGGGAGGAAGACGGAUGACCUGGGCCGGUGGCACCGGAAAAAUGCCAUGAACAUGAACUUGCAGAAAGCGCUGGAAGAGAAAUAUGGUGAAAAGAGCAGAUCCAAGGGCAAGUAGUUGAAAGGAAGCUCUAGAAUGCUGCCAAUAAAGAAAUAAAGGCUCUGAUCUGA